AUGAUCGACAAUAAUCAUUCAACAGCAAGUGUGGUAAUUGGCAAGGUCAACGACGAAGAUGGAGAAACAGAAGUGUGUAUAGAUGCAGAAAAUAGCAGUGAUGAACCUAUGGAAGACACAUUAGUUGAGACGAAUUCAACUGAUAGUGGAUCUGAUACUGUUAAUAAGGCAGAUUCAUUACUCAGUGAUGAUGAAUCUUUUGAUGAUUUGUCAGUCAAUGGUGAUGAAGUGGAAAAUGAAGAAGUAACUGCGGUUGAAGAUAAUGAAGUAGUAAGUUCAUUUCUAUGCAUCUUACCUUUAUGUAAUUUUACUUCAAAGAUGGACACAACGAGCUCAGAUGACAGCCUAAAUCGACAAGGUGUGAAAAUUCCAGUUGAACUUGCAAUCUCUUCCAGAAGGUAG